AUGGGGACCGCGCCCCACUCCAGCCGAGGAGUGGUGGGGGAGCAUCAAGAGGCUGGGAAGGAGAGCAAGCCCUGCUCCCUGUCAGUGGACCUGCAGGGAGACAGCUCCUUACAGGCGGAGAUCUCUGAUGCAGUGAGUGAGCAGGACAAGGUGAAAUUCACCAUUCAAACCAAGAGCUGCCUUCCUCACUUCGCCCAGACCAAGUUCUCAGGAGGGCCACAGCGUGAAGAGUUCAUCUGGCUACCCGGAUGCCUCGUCUCCCAGCGCUGUCCCUCCUUUGAGCAGAUCCCUCCAGCUCCUCCAGAGCCAGACUUUGAGGCUUCAAGGGAAAAGCUGCAGAAGUUGGGUGAGAAGUUUGGCACUCGGGAAGAUGCCAAAAUGAAGCAGGAGCUCGAAGUGAAGUACCUGGCUAUCUUUAAAAAGACAGUUGUGAUGCAUGAAGUCUUUCUGCAACGCCUGGCACCCCACCCUCUCUGCGAGCAGCAUGUGCCUGGGGUGGGAGGUGCAGAUGCCCACCCCAACAUCACACUCUCCCCACAUGUGCCUCGGCCGAGUGUCCCAGGAAAGAACCGGACGGAGCUCCUUGGGGGUGUCCUGAGGAAUACUGUUAAGUCUAUAGAUGAAGCCCUCGUCCUCGGCACGUCAGGGCUCAAGGAGGUGGGUGACUUUGAGCGUGGGAGAACCCUCCUGCUGGAGUAGCACACCUGCCUUGGGUGCUUGCCUGCCGCAGACUGCGUCAUGCACUCCCAUGAGUGCCUGGCCGAUAGUUCUAUCACUAUCUUGGCUGCACUGAGCAGCCUGUGUGCACAGGAAGUCAACCGGUUAAAAAGAAGCUUCCUUAGAUAGGCAGAGCUCUUUGAAAGACUAAGGAAGCUGGAGGGCCAAGUGACCCCAGAUGAGGAUCUAAGGCUCUCAGACAUGUGGACAUACUACAUGAGAGACUCACAGGCAGCCAAGGACCUGCCAUACUGGCGGCUGCGGGCCCCGGCCAACUAUGAGAAUGCCAGCAAGGCUUUGGAUAAGGCAAGUACCAGCGACCGAGAAAUGCAUUGCCAGAGCCACCAGCGACUGCGCUGCCAACGCUUUGAAUGCCUCUCUGACUCAGACAAGCAGGAACUCAUGGACCUCAAGUCCUGCCACGCCUCCCCUUUCUGCAAGAACCUCAAGCUGGGAGAGCUGGAGCUCCAAGGUGCCAGGGCUAACACCUUGCUUCUCCCGGAACACCUUUUCACCCUCAAGGGGGAGCCUAAGAGCAGCCAGAGGCUGCUCUGGGACAUUAAAUGA